CACGAUAUUUAUCCGAGUUGCACACUGAGGUUCCAGAUUGAAUCCGUAUAAUUCUUUUGGAUUCUAAUCAGGAUCUGAAUUGUGCAUCGAUGGGAGGACAAUUCAGCAAGAGGACAGGGGAGGCUCCGCCCGUCCUUCAGUUCGAUACCAAUUUGCAGUACACAGCCGAACUGAGCUUAUAUGAAGCAGCAUGCAGGCUCGACCCAGAUUUGCAGUCUUUUGAUCGCACCCUGCAAGCCCGCACUAACCGUGUCAUAAACUCACUCGCCUCUGGGGUCGAGGUUCGAGCGCUCACCUUUGACUCACUCAAAGAAGUUACAGGAAGCCUGCUUGAGAUGAACCAGGAAGUUGUCAAAGUUAUCUUAGAUUGUAAAAAAGAUAUAUGGAAAAACCAGGAGCUUUUCGAGCUUGUGGAGGAUUACUUUGAGAACAGUCUUCAAACCUUAGAUUUCUGUACGGCCACGGAGAAAUGCCUAAAGAAAGCCCGUGACAGCCAGUUGAUCCUUCAUGUUGCUUUGCAACAAUUUGAAAAGGAGGAAGGAGUAGAUGGCAAAAAGUAUUCGUCGACACUGGAGGAACUAAAUAAUUUCAAGGCUGCUGGGAACCCAUUCACAGAGGACUUUUUCCAGGACUUCGUAACGGUUUACAAGCAACAGGUGUUGAUGCUGGAGAAGCUGCAACUUCGAAAGAACAAACUUGAUAAGAAGCUCAAAUCUGUAAAAGCAUGGAGGAAGCUUUCAAGCAUUAUAUUUGGUGCAACUUUUGCUGCCAUUCUUAUUUGCUCGGUGGUGGCAGCUGCCAUGGCAGCGCCUCCUGUUGUUGCGGCACUGGCAGCAGCCACUUCCAUCCCUAUAGGAUCAAUGGGUAAGUGGAUUGAUUCACUUUGGACGGGCUAUGAGAAUGCACUGAAAGGACAGAAGGAAGUGAUUAGCUCAAUGCAGGCUGGCACUUAUAUUGCAAUCAAGGACUUGGAUGGUAUUCGGGUUCUGGUUGAUCGCUUGGAAAUAGAGAUCCAGACUCUAAUGCAGAAUGUUGAGUUUGCCCUUAGGGAAGGGGAGGCAGUGAAGAUUGUAGUGGAGGAGAUUGAGAAGAAGUUGGGGGUUUUUAUGAAAAGCAUUGAAGAUUUGAGUGAACAAGCUGACAGAUGCAGCCGCGAUAUACGCAGGGCGAGGACAGUUGUUCUGCAGAGGAUAAUUAAACAUCCCAACAACUGAAGAAACCUCGUGGUAUGAACUGCUGACUGCUGCUUUUUCGGUAACUCUAUGUAAUUUUCAUGCUAUGUAUGUUUAGCAACAGUGGUUGACUCUUUGUCUUGGAGCCAUUGUUCUGUGCUCCUUGUUUAUGUAGAAUAAUACAACAUAAUUGAUACUUUCAGUUCUUUGCUUGGAUUUGUUUGAAA